CAGCAGCAGUAAUAGCACCGGUGGCGGCAGCAAUAACACCGGUGGUGGCGGUGACGGCAGCGGUACUUCUACAUCAAAUUCCACUACAUUUCUGGCCACCAAAUCUGGCGAACUUACUGAUGCAACUGUAUGGAGUGGUGGACUUGCUCCAUCUGGCAAUUUUUCGCUCUCCAUUCCAGCUGGUAUUACAAUUACGAUUUCAGGUGGCACAUUAAGUCUUCAAAUGCUGCGUUGCGAUGUAUAUGGUACAUUAGCCUUGGGCUCCGGUAGUGCCACUUUCACCUUUGCUUUCCCCCCAACUAUCAUUGUUCGAAGCAGUGGAAAACUUCUUGAUCAAACUAGCAGUAACGUUUUUCUGUUUCCUUCAAAUUCUAUCAUUGCAGUGCUCAGCGGCGGUGGA